AACUUGUGAAUCACCGUGACUGUUCCUGGAACCAAAAAAGGAGGGCCCUUUCUUUCCUGUGGCGAACCAACCAUAUUUUUAUUUCUGUGCAUAGACGGACCAGAUUUAGAAUGGAUCCCAAAAAGGACGAGCGUGAAAGAUCAGAGUCUCCUGAAGAACCUCCAGUGGUCAUUAAACCGAUUGCCGCUAGUAAACUACAGGCGUUCUCAAUCGGCAGUAGCAGGAAAACACCCUUUCAAAAGCAUAAAGAAGAACUGGAACUCAAGAAAAAGAGAGAAUCUGAAGAAGCGGCCAAAGUGUAUGAAGAAUUCGUAGCUUCUUUCGAAGAUGCACCCGACUUUGUUACCGGCAUCAAAUCUUCUAGUCGCCAACAGACCAUGGUGGCAAGAGAUUCCGAACUGGAUUACGAACGACCGGCUCCAUCAACUUUUAAGCCUACUUCUUUUGUCAAAGCGGGAGAACAGUUUCCUCGGACCCAAGCGUUUGUCAAAGCGGGCGAAUCGUCCUCGUUCAAAACACCGGCAUUUGUGAAAGCUGGGGAAACGCCGUCCUCCAAGCCGCCUGCUUUCACAAAAGCAGGCGAAACGUCCCAUCGCUCCAAUUUCACGUCCGAAAAGAAAGAGUCGCCCAAAUUUUCAGUGUCUAAACCUGCAGCCAAAUCCAUUUCGCUUAUUCCCAAAAAGGAGACUGGUAAUAGUAUCAAGCCGAUGCCGUUCGUCAAGGCAGGCGAAGGCACGAAACCUAUGCCGUUUGUGAAAGCUGGCCAAACCACCGGAGGAAAAGCGAAAAUGAUGAUCGAUCAGGAAGAAAGCGAUGAAGAGGAUGAUGCUCUCGCACGCAAGGAAGCCAAAUCUCAAAAGAAACGCAAUCUGGAUACCUUUCUGGAGGAAAUCAAAAAAGAACAAGAAGAUCGGGAUGAUCGUUUACGUAAAGUGCCCCGAUCCAGUUCAUCAGCUUCAUCUUCUGGCCGUGAUAUUUCAGCAGGAAUCACUUUAAAAGCAGCCUUCGAGGACCGCCAAGGAUCUCAUGAUUUGGGCGAUCCAUGGACCACCAACCUGUAUGUCGGCAAUAUCAAUCCAGCGGUCAAUGAGAUGCAGCUGUGUCAAGAGUUUGGUCGAUACGGACCUAUUGCUUCCGUCAAGAUUAUGUGGCCGCGGUCGCAAGAGGAACACGAUCGAAACCGGAAUUGCGGCUUUGUCAGUUUUAUGGAACGCAGGGAUGCAGAGCAAGCCCUCCGGGCUUUGGAUGGCAAGGAUGUCCAAGGCUAUGUCAUGAAAGUAGGAUGGGGAAAAGCGGUGCCACUACCGGCGCAACCCAUGUUUGUAUUGGAAAAAGCAAAACAGCCCAUGCAAACCGGCUUACCCUUCAAUGCUCAAAUCGUCAAAUCACCCGUGGGAACGAAUGUCGUUCCUCGAGCCGAAGUGAAAGUUACCAAACCCACCAAUAUGAAUCGUGUCAAGAUUAUUCAUCGAUUGAUUGAACGCGUCAUUAAGCACGGUCCCCAGUUCGAGCAUAUCAUCAUGGAAAGAGAAAAAGAUAAUCCGGCUUUUGAGUUCCUGUUCAAACAUACCUCUCCCGAUCACAUCUAUUAUCGAUGGCGCUUGUAUUCUAUCUUGCAAGGUGAUAGCAAAUCCGAUUGGCGAACCGAGCCAUUCCAGAUGUUUGAGGGCGGUGCAUGGUGGAUACCUCCAGAAGUGCCUUUCAAUGACGAGGGGAAAGCGGACAUGUUACUUGAUUCGGAGGAUGAAGAGCAGGAGAAGGGAUCAGAUGUUCCCAAGGGCACAUUGGGUCCCAUUGCCCGGCAACGGCUGGAGAUUCUUUUGCGACAAGUCACUUUCAAAAGAGGCACUAUUGCACGAGCUAUGGCCUUUGCCAUUGACCACGCUGACGCGGCGGAUGAAGUCAUUGACCUUGUUAUUAAAUCGUUAUUGCUGCCUGAAACCCCACUAUCGGUUAAAUUGGCACGGUUAUACCUCGUUUCUGAUAUUUUACAUAACAGCAGUGUUCAUGUACCCAAUGCGUGGAAAUAUCGGCAAUCAUUUGAACCGCGGCUACCACCUGUAUUUGAGCAUCUGAACGGUAUUUAUCGAUCAAUCAGCGCGCGAUUAAAAGCCGAGCAAGUGCGACGACACAUCAGCAGCGUACUCACUGUGUGGGAAAAUUGGAUGGUAUUCCCCAAGCAUUUUAUUGAUGAACUCAACGCGACUUUUAUGAAAAAGUCAUCCGAUCCGGCCCCUCGCACGGAUAACUGGCAGCCUCUUACGAGUGCUGGAGAACAUUCACAGUCAACGUCACCGUUGGCAAGUUCCGAAAAAGAAGAAGCGAUUUUGUUGGCGGCUUCUUCAGCAGAUAAAGAAGCAAUAGCGUCAGCAGAUGUGGCGGAUGCGGACGUGGACGGGCAACCGAUGGAAGAAGACGUCGAUGGCGAACCUCUUGAGGAAGGUGUGGACGGUGAGCCUUUGGACGACAUUGAUGGUGAACCAAUGGAGGGCGAUGAUGUAGAUGGCCUGCCGCUCGAGGAAGAUAUUGAUGGUCAGCCGCUGGAUGAUCGAACGGAACCGUCCGAUGCCCAUGCCAAGGACGGUGCUCAUCUUGAGAUCCAAGACAUGUUUGCAUAAAUUCUUUCCCAUUCAUCAUUUCGCCUUCCCUAUUGCAUCCCGCCUUCUUUUUAUCUUGAUUGCAUCUAUCUUUUUGUAUUAUCAUCCCCAUGUCUCGCAGGUCUAAUAUAUUGUGGUUCAUGUACCUACAGUGCCUGUGCGGCGUGUUCCAAAAGCAUCUAGUGUUAUCGUAUCGCACGACGAAAAAAUGGUUUCUGUGAUUGUACGUCGCGGGCCAUAACAAACUCAGAAUAUCAUUGCAUAUUUGAAUGGCCAGAUGAAUAGUGAAUCUUGUUAUCAAUUUAAU